GGCUGCACAUGGGAGUUCAACCCACCUCACUCGUCACACAUGGGAGGUGUUUGGGAGCGCAUGAUUGGAGUAGCUCGGAGAGUCCUCGACUCCAUUCUAUUACAGAGCAAAUCCUCUCACCUCUCGCAUGAAGUACUGUGCACCUUCUUGGCCGAAGUUACAGCGAUCGUCAAUGCUCGACCUCUUAUCCCAGUCUCCAACGAUCCUGAGUUGCCAUUCAUCUUGACACCUGCUACGCUGCUUACCCAGAAGGUUGGUGCUCCUGCUCCCUUGGGAGAAUUCACCGACAAGGACCUGUUCAAGAGCCAGUGGAGGCAGGUUCAGAGUCUCGCCAGUAAGUUCUGGACCCGAUGGAAACGCGAAUACCUGCCUACCCUACAGAGCCGUACGAAGUGGACGGAAACCCAUCGUAACCUGCAAGAGGGAGAUCUUGUGCUCUUGAAAGACAAGCAAGUCGUCCGCAAUGAGUGGCCACUGGCUCGAGUUACUUCUGCUUUUGUGAGCGAUGACGGAAAGGUCCGCAAGAUAGAAGUCAAGGUCUCGUCCAACGACACCGUCAAGAAGUUCACGAGGCCCAUCUCAGAAGUCGUACUUCUACUACCAAAAGAGGACUGAACAUUACGUUUAUUUUGUAUUAUGCCAUACUAAAGAUGCCAGACGGGGAGUAUUCUGGAUCCAUCUAUCCGUUUUUUAAAUUGCGCCCUCUAUUGGCAACAAGUUCUUUCAUUCAACGAAUCACGUUUUAUCAAUUUUCCGUCAAAAGUUUGUUCCGACAUUUUCACACUUUGUGACUAGUUUAAUCCAUCCCAAUCUACUGCCUUCUCAGAUAACGCCUACGAGAAGCAUUGCCUUUUUACUCCUUGUUCAUCACUGACGUCAUGUACCCCCAGCUUGAAUAAAUCACUACAGGAGCUUGGAGGCUA